CUCCACUAAUCUCAUGUUCUGGUUUGCAGUUUAAAGCAGCAAAUUGACACCAUGCCUAAGAAGUUCAAGGGAGAAAACAGUAAGGCAGUUGUUGCCAGAGUUCGCAAAGCCGAGAAGGCAGCCGAGGAGAAAGCCAAGAAAGACAAAGCCAUAGAAGAUGCGUAUUGGGAAGAUGAUGACAAGCAAGCUAAAAAGAAGAUGGCAAGGAAGGAAGAUAAAGAAAAGAAGAGGCAAGCAGAUUUGGAGAAAAAGGCAGAACUACGAGCAUUAGUACAGAAUGAAGAGUCAACACUGACUCCAAAAGCUACACCACAGAAAGUAACUCAAUAUGAGUUGAAGAGAAAUCAAGAAAGACAGGUUGAACUGGAGCAGCAACUGAAAGAAAAAGAAGAGUCUAAGACGCACCUUGACAAUCCCUUAAUUGAAAAUCUCAAUAGGGCAGAAGGUGAUGUGAUAUCAGCGAGUGGUAUUGAUGCAGCUUUGUCUGCUCUAAGUACUGAUGACAGUAACACAGACCGACAUCCAGAGAAGAGAAUGGCAGCAGCAUUUAAGGCCUUUGAGGAGAAGAGACUACCACAGAUCAAGAAGGAAAAUCCAAAUUUGCGUAUGUCACAGCAGAAGCAGAUGCUGCGUAAAGAGUGGCUGAAGAGCCCCGAGAAUCCUUUGAACCAAAGGAAAUGAUUAGAUAAGCCAGCGAUAUACUAAAUGUAAUGAAUAUGCCACUGGAGGAAGGAUAUCUAGGAUCUCGAUUUAUGUUUGGGGAGAUUACAGGUCGGAUAUAUAUACCUUGGAAUUAUUUAAGGAUUUAUGUGGAAGUGUUUACAUGAAGAUGGUAUCAUGUGCAAAAUUUGUAUGAAAGACCUUUAAUUAAAUUUGUUAGCUUUUAUUAUUAUUAUUAUUAUUAUUAUUAUUAUUAUUAUUAUUAUUAUUAUUAUUAAUGGAAACAAUUAGUACACUUUUAGGAUAAUGUUAUUAUUGCUUAUAUUUUUUGUAAUUGGAAUACAUCCACUUAUUUAUAGUUUUCUUUGUAUGCAUGAUCUUUGUGUGUGGGUGCUUGCAGAUGUGUGCUUGUUUGUGUGUGUGCAUGGAUUUGUUUUUGCCUCAAAACAACUUCUAAAUGCACAAAAUCAGUGCAUAAUAUUUACAGACUUCAACAUCAUGACAAAAGUAAAGCUUCUGGGUUCCCUUUUGCAGUUUUAUUGUGUUUUGUUCUUAAUGUUGUUGACACUCCACAAUCGGAGGAAUAAACCUUUCUAUGUUCA